AUGGUUUAUACCAUCGGGAACAUCUACAUCAUCACCACGGUGGCCGUCAUUGGCGGUGCACUGUUUGGUUUCGAUAUUGCCUCCAUGUCUGCCAUGGUGGGUGACUUUUUCAAAGUGUCCUUGCUGACAGCUCGUCGUCUCAGUCUUGGCACGCAGCAAUAUCGAUGUUUUUUCAACCAGACUGGGACCAACGAGGAAGGCAGCUGCGGCGGCCCAACUUCCAGCACCCAGGGCGGCAUUUCUGCGGCGAUGCCUGGAGGUUCCUUUGUGGGUGCCCUCAUUUCUGGUAUUGUGACAGACUGGCUGGGUCGAAAGCACGCGAUCCAGGUCGGCUCGGUCAUUUGGUGCAUCGGCUCUGCUAUCUCCUGUGCCUCGUUCAGCAUUGCCCAGCUGGUGGUGGGUCGAUUCAUCAACGGCCUCUCCGUCGGUAUUCUUAGUGCCCAAGUUCCGGUGUAUGUGGCCGAGCUGGCGCAGCCCAGUAAGCGUGGUACCGUCGUGGGUGCGCAGCAAUGGGCUAUUACCUGGGGCAUUUUGAUUAUGUUCUACGUGUCGUACGGCAGCAGUUUCCUCGAGGGCCCGUCGGCCUGGCGUCUCCCCUGGGGCCUGCAGAUGGUACCAGCGGUCUUCCUCUUUUUUAUGAUCUUCAUUAUGCCCGAAUCCCCGCGGUGGCUGGCCAAGCAUGAUCGCUGGGAGGAGGCACAUGACGUUCUCGCCCGGGUGCACGCCAAAGGCAAUCACAACGACGCCUUUGUCCAGACCGAGCUGCAGGAGAUUCGCGAGAUGGUGGAGUUUGAGCGGCAAAACACCGACGCCUCGUAUCUCGACCUCUUCAAGCCGAACAUGAUCUACCGCACUCAUAUCGGCAUGUUUACCCAGAUCUGGUCCCAGCUGACGGGAAUGAAUGUCAUGAUGCUCUAUAUCACAUACGUGUUUGGCAUGGCCGGCCUUUCCGGCAAUGCCAACCUGGUCGCAUCUUCCAUUCAAUACAUGGGGCCGUCGACUCCCACUCCUCAUCGGCUCAACGCUCAUGAUGACCUGGAUGUUUGCCAACGCGGGGAUCAUGGCCUCGUACGGCAAGCCCGCACCCCCGGGGGUCUGAACAACACCCGGGAACAAUCGUGGGACCUGUCGGAUGCCCCUGCCGCGGCCAAGGGCGUCAUCGCGUGCACCUACCUUUUCGUGGCCAGCUUUGCGCCGACGUGGGGCCCCGUCAGCUGGAUCUAUCCGCCGGAACUGUAUCCGCUGCGUCUGCGAGGCAAGGCCGUGGCAGUGUCCACAGCGUCUAACUGGAUUUUCAACUUUGCGCUGUCAUACUUCGUGCCACCCGCCUUUGAGAACAUCAAAUGGAAGGUGUAUCUGGUCUUCGGCGUGUUUUGCUUCACCAUGACCGUACAUGUGUUCUUCGCGUUCCCCGAGACGGCGGGCAAGACCCUGGAGGACGUGGACCAUAUGUUCAACACCCCAGGCCUCAAGCCGUGGAAAACUAAGGUGCAGUUCCAGCACGUGCGACAACUCGAGACGGGGGCAAUCCAAUCCGAGAAACUGGCGGCCUUCCACGAGGAGCGCGCGCAAUCGGUGGACAAAGAAGCUGCGGGCGCUACCAAGGCCGAGCAGGUAUAA